ACUCACGCUUCACAAUCUCUGUGUAAACGAUACGACAAUAAGAAAAUACAAGACAUGGGCCUUUCGCAAUUUCCGACAGCGUCAGAAGGAGUACUACCACUUCUGGUAAUGAACACGGUUGUUUCAGUUACUCUGUUAAAGAACAUGGUGAUGUCCGUUUUCCGAAUUGUCGGAUCCGAUACUGAAGACUCCAUGGAGAUAGAGGAGCGUGAAGAGGAUUGUGUUAGGAGGAGAAGAAGAAUCUCGAUAACGCAGUUCAAGUCUCUGUGUGAGAACAGAGGAGGAGAAGAAGAUGAAGAAGAAGAGGAAGGUGUUGAGUGUUGUGUGUGUCUUUGUGGGUUUAAAGAGGAAGAGGAAGUGAGUGAACUGGUUUCUUGCAAGCAUUUCUUCCACAGAGCUUGUCUAGACAACUGGUUCGGUAAUAAUCACACAACCUGUCCUCUUUGCAGAUCCAUUCUCUAGUGGUGGUGGAACUAUCUUGUUUAACUCUUUCCAUUUUUGUUUUGCUUUUGUUAUGAAAACACCAACAUUCUGUAUCCUCUGUUUUGUCUCUUUUUCUGCUACGUCCUAUGUUUUUUUUACCCGUUUGGUGUUUUAUGUUUUCCCCCUUUUUGGUAAUGAAAAAGGGGGUUUUUUCAUAAUAAUAAAGGACUUGAAUUACUGUGUUUUAA